GGUUUUGGUUUUAUUUCCGGGGAUAUCGUCUCAAAAUAAGCCAUGAAGCAUGCUAGCUAGCCUGUGAGUUUAAAUAUUCACAAGUACUUACUCUUAUGAACUUUAGUUGUGUUUGAUAGAGACGAAGUCAGCUUACUCUGCAAUGACCUAAGGAGCGGUGGCUGUGAGCGGACUGGUGGAGCAUAACGUGUAAAGUAUCGGCAGAAGAUGAUAGAACCAGAGCUACUGACCGAGGUCCCUGCAGCGCUUAAGCGGCUAGCCAAGCAGGUUGUGAGGGGUUUCUAUGGAGUAGACCAUGCCUUGGCCCUGGAUGUGCUCAUUCGCAACCCAUGUGUACGUGAGGAGGACAUGCUGGAGCUGCUUAAGUUUGAUCGUAAACAGCUGCGCUCUGUACUCAACACCCUGAAGGCCGACAAGUUUGUCAAGUGCCGCAUGAGAGUGGAAACAGCUCCUGAUGGCAAGACAACACGUCACAACUACUACUUCAUCAACUACAGGGUACUGGUCAACGUCGUCAAGUAUAAAUUGGAUCACAUGCGACGGCGCAUUGAGACAGAUGAGAGAGAUUCGACCAACCGUGCCUCCUUUCGGUGUCCCUGCUGCUUCUCCACCUUCACAGACCUAGAGGCCAACCAGCUGUUUGACCCCAUGACAGGUACAUUCCGCUGCACCUUCUGCCAGACAGAAGUGGAAGAGGACGCGUCUGUGUGUCCUGACGGCAGGACACUAGUGGCACGCUUCAACGAGCAGAUCGAACCCAUCUAUGCUCUCCUACGUGAGACUGAGGACGUUAACUUGUCCCAAGACCUGCUGGAGCCUGAGCCUGCUGAGAUUCCUGCCCUCAAACAGAGCCGUGAACGUGCUGCAGCAGCCGGUGCAAACUCGGGCCCACACCGCGAAGCCUGGUCCAACAAAGGCUCAGCCUACGCUGACCUGUACACCCAGAAUGUGGUCAUCAGCAUGGAGGAGCAGGAAGAGCAGCAGAAGCAGGCCAGCGAAGGCAAGGCACCGAAGGAGAGGCCGGUCUGGUUGACCCAGAGCACCGUGCAGGGUGCUUACAGCGAGCCUGACACCCUCAAGAACCGUGGAGAAGUUGUACCCGGAGCCCAGGAUGGAGCAGCUGGUUUUGGGAUUGGUCAGCCGGAUGAAAACGAGGAAGUCAUGCGCGCCCUGCUCAUCCAUGAAAAGAGGGCUGUGGCAGGUGGAGGUGGAGGUGGAGGUGGAGGCGGAUCGAGCGCUUCUGUUAAGGGGCUCACCUCUGCCACAGCUAACGCCAGCGACUCAGAGAGCGACACCAGCGAGUCGGACGACGACUCUCCCUCAGGUCCUCCCCCCGCAGCAGCUGCUCAUCGGGCCGAGGAGGAGGAAGAGGACGAUGAUGAGUUUGAGGAGGUGGGGGAUGAGCCAAUGGUGAUGGUGGGAGGGCGGCAGUUCUCGUACCGAGAGGUCAGCCAGAGGCCAGAGCUGGUGGAGCAGAUGUCCUCACAGGAGAAGGAGGCCUACAUUGAAAAGGGACGAAACCUCUUCCAGGACAUGUACUUCUGAACACACACACAUUGAAAAAUAUAUACAUUUAUAGACACAUUAUACAAACAAUUUGAUGGAUUGGCUUCAGGAGAGUAUACUUCUACUGUCACACACAGUCAGUGAUGACAACUGAGGAUACAUUGUUGGACAAACAAGAUGCUGCUCAAGAAGUAUUUAGUGAGCUUUACACUCUUUCAUUAUUAUAACCAAGACUGCUCUGACAGUGACCUUUAGUAUUUUGUCCUAAGUAUUUUUUAUAUCAAUCACCAAACCAGAAGUGAGCUGGCCAGCAGUUUGUGCACCAAGUGCCAAUUUGUUUUUUGUUAGUCUGCUUUAAUUUCUAUUUCAGUUUAACAGGCUGUCUACACCAGUCAUGUUUUAACCGUGUUUUCCAGUCAUGCGUGUCUCAUGCAUCUGAUGGACCAGAUACGCAUCAAAUUGAAUCAAUACAGCUGUCUACACACAAGCGUAUGUUUUAUGCUUCAAGUCUUUUUGUCUCGUGUGUAACUACAUUGAUUGUGCAUUAGCCUGUGAGCACUUCUAAGAGACGCCACAGUGCAGAGCAGUGCUGUAGUUGAAGCAGUUUGACACCCAAGGACUGAAGCUGUUGCUGCUGCUGCUGCUGUUGUGCUGCUUUCACUUCGCUGCCCGUGAAGACAAGCUGUUGGAUAUUUUCUGUUUUUCUGAAACAAGAUCAGUCUGGAUUUAAAAGCUCAGGCAAAUGAUGAAUGCAAGAGAAAUAACUGAGGAUAUUGGUGAACUGCUUUGGUUUACAGUAAAACAUUUGUUAUUCUGAACAAUGUGUAAUAAAAUCAUGCUGCAGUACAGCAA